CACAGGGACACGGUGACGCCACGCCGCGGAAUGCGCGGGCACGCAGACACGGCCGCCGCCCUCCACUUCCGCCCCUCAGAAACAUGGCGGCCCCGCGGCCCGCCCCGCAUUGGACGCCGGCAGCGGCCCCUGCCGGAUGACGGCCGCGAUUGGCCGCGGGCUGGUGACGUCAGGGGGCGGGCUCCAAGCCGUGAAUGGGGCAGCAUGCAGCCGCCCGGGCUCCUGCGCGCGGGGCCGUGGCUGAGCCGGGCCAUGAGCCGCUGCGGUUUGGAGCCCCGGCCUCCCGGGAAGUGGUGGCUGGUGGCCGGCCUGGGGAACCCUGGAAUGCCCCGCACGCGGCACAGCGUGGGCAUGGCGGUGCUGGGGCAGCUGGCACGGCGGCUGGGUGUGGCGGAGAGCUGGGCCCGCGACCGGCGCUGCGCCGCCGACCUCGCUUUGGCCUCGCUGGGGGAUGCCCAGCUGGUCCUGCUCCGGCCACGGCGGCUCAUGAACGCCAACGGGCGCAGCGUGGCCCGGGCCGCGGAGCUGUUCGGGCUGACGGCUGAGGAGGUCUACCUGGUGCAUGACGAGCUGGACAAACCCCUGGGGAAACUGGCUCUGAAGCUGGGGGGAAGUGCCAGGGGCCACAAUGGAGUCCGGUCCUGCAUCAGCUGCCUCAACUCCAAUGCAAUGCCGCGGCUGAGAGUGGGCAUCGGGCGCCCCCCGCACCCCGACGCGGUGCAGGCCCACGUGCUGGGCUGCUUCUCCCCCGCCGAGCAGGAGCUGCUGCCUCCUCUGCUGGAGCGCGCUGCUGACCUGCUCCUGGACCACAUCCGUGAGCGCAGCCGGGGGCCCUCGUCAGGCCCCUGACACCGGGGGACACAGCUGCCUGCCUGACUGCUGUGCCCACACACCCAGCCACGUCCACAGAGGGGCCACGCCAACCUGUUGUAUCCACUUUUUAUAUAACUCUUCUCUGGGCUGCUCCAGGCCGCCUACGGAUUAAAGGAGGGACUGUGGUUGGAACGGUCCAUUUCUGGGAUGCGGGCUGGCCUUCUCUCUGGGGCUUACUUGGAAGGUAGGAAAACUCCAGGAAGACUAAACUUUUUGAACCUUU